GCUGGGUGAGGUCCCAGCCGGUGACGUGGGCGCGUAAACACGGGAAACGGUGGCGAGGACAAACACGGACGGCCGCUGCAGCCCGGAGCGGACGGGCGUGUGUGUGAUCGAUCGAUAGGGAUCAGUCCGGUGGUCUGGCAGUGAUCUGGGGGCUUCUGAGACGAUCAAAGAGGAUCAGUUUGCGGUGUGCUGUCGGGCGGAGGAGGGAUGCGUUGCCUGGUAACAGAUACAGGAGCGAGGAUGAAAACAGGCCAAUGGUCGCUCUGAGUGAACGCCUUCAGCUUUAACGGUCCACAUCUCUCUUCUACUAACAGAUGCGUGCCUGUAGUUCGCGCUCAGGGUGAAGCCGCCGUCAUGCCGUGUACCUGUGCAGAGUGGAGGAGGUGGAUCCGCCCGCUGGUUCUGGUUCUCUACGCUCUUCUGCUGGUGGCCGUGCUGCCGCUGUGCGUCUGGGAGCUGCAGAAGGACAAAGUCGGGACUCACAGUAAAGCCUGGUUUAUCGCCGGCGUCUUCGUGUUUCUGACCAUCCCGAUCUCGCUGUGGGGGAUCCUGCAGCACAUGGUGCACUACACCCAGCCCGAGCUGCAGAAGCCCAUCAUCAGGAUACUAUGGAUGGUGCCGAUCUACAGUUUGGAUAGUUGGCUGGCUCUGCGAUACCCCAGCCUGGCCAUCUACGUGGACACGUGCAGGGAGUGCUACGAGGCCUACGUCAUCUACAACUUCCUGGUGUUCCUGCUGAACUUCCUCAGUAACCAGUACCCCAGCCUGGUGCUCAUGCUGGAGGUCCAGCAGCAGCAGCUGCACCUGCCCCCGCUGUGCUGCUGCCCGCCGUGGCCCAUGGGAGAGGUGCUGCUGUUCAGGUGUAAGCUGGGUGUCCUGCAGUACACUGUGGUCAGACCAGUAACCACGGUGAUAGCGCUCAUCUGUCAGCUCUGUGGGGUUUAUGACGAAGCCAACUUCAGCUUCAGAAACGCCUGGUCCUACCUGGUCAUAAUCAACAACAUAUCUCAGCUGUUUGCCAUGUACUGCCUGGUGUUGCUCUAUCGAGCUCUCAGGGAGGAGCUGAAGCCCAUCAGACCUGUGGGGAAGUUUCUCUGCGUCAAACUGGUCGUGUUUGUCUCCUUCUGGCAGGCGGUUUUAAUAGCACUGCUGGUGAAGGUUGGUGUGAUCUCUGACAAGCACACCUGGGACUGGGACAGCGUGGAGGCCGUGGCUACUGGACUUCAGGACUUCAUCAUCUGCAUAGAGAUGUUCCUGGCUGCCAUCGCUCACCACUACACAUUCACCUACAAGCCCUAUGUACAGGAAGCAGAGGAGGGUUCGUGUUUCGACAGCUUUUUGGCCAUGUGGGAUUUCUCUGACAUCAGAGCUGAUGUCAGCGAGCAGGUCCGCCAUGUGGGCCGUACGUUCCUGGGUCGUCCCAACAAGAUGUAUUUUGGUGCUGCGGCUCGUCCCGAACACACCGAGCACACCGGCCUCCUCACCUCGCAGGACCCCAUCGCCGUGGCAGCCACGUCAAUGCCCACUUCCCCUUCAUCGAGUGGGCGGUACCAGGGGCUCGGCCACACCACCGCCCCCCACUCUAUCUCCGCUCCUGCGGGGUUCACGGCCUCGUCCUGGGAGGACGACAGCGACGGUUCGCCUCCACAGGUGGGUGGAGGUCAAUAACAGCAGGAUGCACAGCAAGGAGGAAAGAAAAAGACUCUCAGCUUCUGUAUUCAAGUCCAAACAAAACUAUAAACUUGAACUCUGAACUUUCUGCACAUGCAUUUAAAAAAGACAAAGACGAGGCAAAGCAAAGGAGAGCGAAUACGAGCACACUGAAAUGUCAAAGCCAUGUUGAAAAUCUUUGGUAUGUAAAAUAAGUACUCAGAUUUCAGUGUCUGAAUCUGUAUUUUGAUGUCAAAUGAUGUAAUUUUGAUAAAUGUCCCCAUCGCUGGUGAAGAAAAAGGAUCUGAGAGUUUUCAGCAGGUUGUUCGAGCUAGCUUUGACUAUUUGUUCUAACUUAUUAUAAAUGAAUAAACAGACUGUGCUAUCA